UCCCCCCCCCCCCCCCCCCCCCGUGGCUGUGCUUGUUGUUGCUUCCAUCACCUGAAGCAGCCACAGCCUCAUUUUCCCUUGCCACCCCCACCCUUGUCUUCCACGCAAACCGGGCCACCUCUCUCCUCCUCCUCCUUCUCCUGAGUUUUCAGUGUCUGCACUAGCAGCACUCAUAUCCAUCCACACCUCCUGAGUUUUGUUUUGUUUUGUGGACAGAGUCCUCUGCUCUGCGGCUUCUUCCUCGCUUUUCUCCUCCCACUUUUGUGUGAUCGUGCUUGCUGGCCACCUUUCGCUCGAGUCGAAGGCAGCCCGCUCGCAAACACACCACCACCACCGUCAUCUCCUCCUCCCAUCUUCAGCACUCCUUUUUCUCGCUGCAAUUGCUCGCGACCACCUUCGCGCGUGUGUCACACAUCCUCUCUACUUUCUCACGGCCCCAACUUCGCACCUUAAGUCGUGUGUCCGCGUGACUGUGAGACGCAGUUGCAUGCCUUGCUGAGUCCCAAGACCAAUCACCACCACCACCACCACCACCACGCGGCGAGAACAAGAAACCCGAGCGUUCUUGUCCAUUAUCGCUUUCGCUUUCCCUUUCCUUCGAUUAACUCACGUCAACUAGACCCCCAAACACGACAACAACUACACCAACGACUCCUCUGUUGUUGAAUCCAACUCCUGUCUCCUCUCUUUCGGCUUCUCUUUUCGCAGUGACUCACACCAGUCACUCCCACGACUUACGUCUUCACCAACCAACCAACCGACCAACCGACCGAGCGAACAGUUCAAGAUGGGUCGAUCCCCUGAAGAAUCGCAGAUGCUCAAGGCUGCCGCCCACGGCAACCUGGAGCUCGUCACAAAGCUCGUGCACAGAUACGGCCAAGACAUGCUCAAGGCGCACACGAGCGACGGCUCCACCCCCGUCCUGCUCGCCGCCCGCCGCGGCCACGGCGACGUGGUGCGCUUCCUCUUCACACAGGGCGCCGCGUGGACAGACACAGACGCCGACAACCGCCGCAAGGGCAACGUGCUGCACUAUGCCUGCUGGGGCGGGGCCAAGGACCUCGUGCUCUGGCUCCUGGACACGUUCUCCCCCGACCUGGGCUGCACAGAUGUCGUCGGCAACACGCCGCUGCUGUACAGCGUGUACGGCGGCCACCGCGACGUUGUUGAGCUGCUCCUCGCGCGCGGGCGCUCCCUCCACGAGCACAACCAGAAGCACCACACGGCGGUGCUGCAGGCCGCGUGCGGCGGGCACCUGGACAUGCUGCGCUGGCUCCUGGACGACCACCACUUCUCCAUUGAGGAGCGCGACCACGACGGCAACACGGCCCUCCUCUUUGCCGCGUGGGGCGGCCACCGCCACGUCAUUGACUUCCUUCUCGAGCGCGGUGCCUCGCUUACGGAGCGCAACUUCAACGGCCACUGCAUCUUCCUCUCUGCGGCCAAUGGCGGGCGCACAGAGAUUGUCGAGUGGCUGCUCAACGACCACGGCUUCAACCUGCACGCCGUCAACCACAACGGCGACACGGCGCUGCUGCUGGCGUGCUAUGGCGGACACCUCCCCCUUGUCAAGCGCUUGAUUGAGCUCGGCGCAAACAUCACAGACACCAACAGCUGCGGCUUCACCCCGCUCCUCUCUGCUGCCAACGGUGCGCAGUUGAAGACAGUCAAGUGGCUGGACAACCUUGGCUGCUCCAUCCACGAGCGCGACAACGACGGCUACAGCAGCCUCAUCCUGGCUGCCUGCGGCGGGUCCAUCGAGCUCGUGCGCUACCUCGUCUACCGAGGGGCGUCAGUCACCGAGAGAAACAACAACGGCGACACGCCGCUGCUGCUGGCCGCCUACUGCGGGCACACGCACGUUGUGGAGUUUCUGCUCCACAACGGCUCUGGAUCCUCGGAGCGCAACAACACCCAGAUGGGCGUGGUCAUCUCCGCUGCCAACGGCGGCCACCUCUCCACCGUGCAGUACCUGGUGGAGAAGAUCUUUGGCGCCGCCGCCCACACAGAGGAGGACGUGGGCGGGUACACGCCCUUUUUGCUCGCCUGCCAGCGCGGGCACCUCCCUGUGGUGCAGUACCUUGCCUCGCGUGGCAGCGACACGACCGCCACCACCCGCCGCGGCCACGACGCCACGGCCCUCGCCGUCGAGUUCCCGGCCGUGCGCGCGUACCUGGCAUACAUCCGCGGCCUCACGCCACUGGAGAUUGCCUGCGACCUGCGCGACACGGACUUUGUGCACCAGCUGAUUCGCAUGGGCGUGGAUCCCGCCCGCGAGGCGCCCCGCUGCGUCGAGCUUGCGUCACGCGUGGGCGCAUACCCCAACGCAAAGCCUGUCGACGAGGAGCUUGUGCAGCUGGUGAAGCUUGCCGUGCUGCCGUGGUCCCCGGCCACGCACCACCUCACAGGCGAAGACAUGCGGUCGCAAAUGAAGGUGGUCAUGUGGGUGAAGAAGCAGCUUGACAUGCAGAGCAAGCUGCCCUCGCUGCCCAUGGAGCUCUGGCUGCACAUCAUGUCGUUUGUGGACCGCGCCCACUUCUCGCCCACCGCGCACCUGACAGACCCCUGUCGCCUCGCCAUGGGCGGGCUUUCGCGCCAGCCGUGGGAGGCCAAGAAGCGGCGCAAGUGGCGGCGUAUGUUUCUGCAGACAAACGAGGGCUGCCGGCGCCUGCGCGCUGUCCUGUACGAGUCACCGGCAUCGUCCGUGUGCGGCAGUGACGACGACAACGUGGGCCUGGUCAUGGGCGACUGCAGCAGCACGUUCAGCAGCGUCACCCGCCCUGUUGUCGUUGCCGACAAAGCAGCAGCGGCAGCAGUUUCAGCAGCGGAUGACAACGCAGCCCAACUCCAACACCACCACCAACACCAGCAGCAGCAGGAGCCGAAGCAAGAGCACCAGCAGCAGGUCAUGGACGCCACGGCCGAUGCUGCCCCCGAUACAACCACCACCACUGCAGCAGCUGCUGCUGCAGCAGCUGGCGGUUCGGCGCGUCGCGGGAGCCGGGUGAUGCUGGGCGACCUGCAGGUGUACAGCACGACGUCCAUCCUUGGCGACCACCACGCCGGUGUUGAGGGGCACCUGAACAACGGCCAGACGGGCCGCAUCACGCCGCCACACGCCCACGACGACGCCAUUGCCCGCCUCGGCGCUGUGCUGGAGGAUGGUGAUGACGACGACGAUGACGACGAUGACGAGAGUACCGACGACGCAACCGCUGCUGGCGAUGGCCGUGCUGAGCGGCAGCCACAGCGUGAGCACCACCACGCCGUCGCCAGCACGACGGCCACAACACGCGCCGCGGGAGCAUCUGCAUCGGCUGGUGGGCGCCGCCGUGCUGCUCGCCGCGCCUCCACGGGGGGCAUUGGCCCGCACACCCCGCGAACCACCACGCUCGCAGCCCUGCUGGAGGCUGAGGACGAGUUUGACUUUUUCCUGCAGGGCUUGCCAGGCAGCAGCCAUGCUGGGGUUGAUGGUGAUUAUGGUGCUCAGGACCACCAGCAGCAGCUGCACGCGCCCACAGCGCGACAGCAGGCUGAGGAGGUGCAGCAAAAGCAAGAGCAGCAGGACGAGGAAGGCACGUCACAGCCACAGCCACAGCGGCAACAACAGCAGAAGCAACAGCGGCAACAACAGCAGAAGCAGUCGCCUCGGCGCCGCCGCCGACUGCCGGGUCUUCCGUUCUCCUUCUCCACUCCAUUUGCAUCGCGACACGGCUCGUCUGCAGCGGCAACAUCGGCAACAGCACCAUCGUCGACAACAUCGUCGGCAACACCGUCGUCAUCAUCCUCACGCGCGGCCAAGAAGAGCAAGAAGGGCUCCCGGAAGCAGCCGCGCCGUGCUGCUGGCGAUGUGGAUGGUGAUGGACACCGUGCCCGCACAAUGACGAAGCGCGGGCUGAGCUUUGCCAGCUUUUUCUCGUUUGAUGGCGCCCAGUUUGAGGCGUCUGAGGCGACGGCAGCCGCCGACUGCGAGACAACAGUGCUGUCGGAGCAGCUGGCAACACAGCACCUCGCUGCUGCCCGUCGCAACGGUGGCGCGUCUUCUUCUUCGUCUGCAUCCUCCUCGGCGUCGUCAUCGGCGAUGUCUUCACCCUCGUCGUCCACGCGCACGCUGCGCCGCUGCAUUGCAACAACGUCGUUGCAUGCAAGCACGCCCGAGAUGAAGAAGGCCAAGGUGAGCCGCGGUGCUCAGCAGCAGCAGCAACAAGCACAUGAGUGGCCGCAGCACGCGCCCGCGUCACUGCUGCAGAUGCUCGACUGCGAUGGCGCCGCCAUUCGCUGGCCGGCAACAGCGCCAACCAGCCCAUCGUCAUCGUCGUCGUCGUCGUCGUCGUCGGCACACGUGUCUGCGCUCGCGUCCCCGCUGUCGCCUGGUCUUGGCAGCGCCGCACCAUCGCAGCUCGCCUCGCCCAUGUCCGGUGCAACCAACCGCGAUGGUCCACGCAACUUCGGGCACACGGACGCCGCGUCCACAUCGUCGUCGGCAGCGCUGUCGACCUCGACGGGGAUGGCAGCGGUGGGGAAGGGGCUGGCGGCCUCGUCAUCAUCAUCAUCACCAUCACCGCCCGCGGUGUGCCGUCGCUCCAGUCGCCGCCGUCUCUCGUGGCGAUGGACACGCGACCCCAUUGUGGACACUGCAGCACCAGCACCGCCACUUGCACAGCAGCAGCAGCAGCAGCAGCCACGGCGUGCGUCGUGUGUUGGCCUUCCUGCUGUGAAGGCGGCCAAAAGCGAUGGCGCAGCACCAGCACCAUCCUCCACCGCACCGUCCAUGUCGUCGUCGUCGUCAUUGUCAUCGUCAGCGCUGUCGUGGCGCCAGCGCCGCGGGUUCAGCAUGCGCGUACGCGGGAGUGACGAUGGGGACGACCUUGUCUGCUUCCGGCAGCACGUGAUCAUGAUGAUGCAGCACCAGCACCAGCACCAGCACCAGCAAGGACAGCAACCGGCUGUCGGCGAGCAGAGCGCUGAUGGCGAUGGUGCCGAUGGUUCUGAUGGUGAGAGCAGCCAUGAUGAGCGACGUGGAGCACUUCCAUCCGUGUCGUCGUCGUCGUCGUCGUCGUCGAUGGCCCUGCCGCCACUGGCAACUGUCGUCACACACGCAGCCCGCAUCUCGUGGGUGUGACGCGAGCGUACGCGCGAUGGCGUGUGAUGUGAAUGUGGAUAUGGAUGUGGAUGGAUGGUGCUUCCCGCAUCGCAUUGCUGGUGCCAUCACUACACGGCCACUGUGCAUCACCGUCGCCGUCUCCCGCACGCAUUUGCAGUUUUUUCAUAAGGGUAGACGUAUCAAGUCAGCAUAACUUGAGUAGUGGAUUCAGCUUCAUUGUGUGUGUUUUGAUGUUGUGUGUGUGUGUCUGUGUGUGAUACCCAAACGUAUGCGGCACGCUGUUGCCGCAAAUGCAGCAACAGCAGCGCCACCACCACCACCAGCUUAUCUUUGUUUGCUCCCUUCUUUCUUCUUCUUGAUUGGUUUGAUUGAUUGUCAAUGGGUUCGUGCAUGACCAAGACCAGUUUAGUUUGUAUGCGAACCGAAUGUGUCCGUGUUCUUCUGUGCUGCAUGCAUGUUGCUGUGUAAGAGACGCGCUCUUCUUUUCGGCCUGAAUGCUGAUACUUGAUGUCGUUGUUGGUGUUGUUGUGGUUUGUUUGUUGCAUGCAGCGAGCAGUGUUUAAACGCUCUGCAUUGCAUGUCUCACAAGUGAGUUUGCAUGUGUAAGUUCCCCCCGUUUUCCCCGUUCUCCCCUCUUUUCCUUUGGUGGCAGCAGCCCUAUCACCGCCACUCCUAACCCCAGCCCCCACGCCAUGAAUGUGCAUGCGUAUGGGGGCUGCUUUGGGUGGGAACCACAGUGGCGGCUGUGUUGGAUGCGCCCCUGCGCGUGUGAAUGCACGUUCACGCGUGCUUGUCCUCUCUUUCUCUUUCUCUCUGUUUUGGUACUCGGACCUUCUUCCUUUGCAUGCAGGCCAACAUGCGCAUCACUGCAUGAUGCACACACUGUAUUGUGGUCUCAGCUUGCAACAAUCACACCCAAAAAAUAAACAACAUCGAAUGCA